AUGAAAGAUUUGAAUAAUGACUUCUUUUACGACAUUGAAUUGGAUGAAGGCAAUAGAAUUUGUAGUGUGUUUUGGGCAGAUGCAAGAAGUAGGGCUGCUUGUGAAGAAUUUGGUGAUGUCAUUUCUUUUGACACAACAUAUUUGACUAAUAAGUAUGAAAUGCCUUUUGCGCCGUUUGUUGGAGUUAACCAUCACGGUCACUCGAUUUUACUCGGAUGUGGAUUGCUAUCGUUUGAAGACACUUCAUCUUUUGUUUGGUUGUUCGAAUCUUGGAUGAGAUGCAUGGGUAAUAAGGCCCCAGAUGGGAUUAUCACUUAUCAAUGUAGGGCAAUGGCGAAUGCCAUCAAAGAAGUCUUUCCUAAUAGUAGGCAUAGAUGGUGUUUAUGGCAUAUAAUGAAAAAAGUGCCCAAAAAAUUUAACGGCUGUAAAGAAUAUGUUAACAUCAAAAGUGAUCUCAAUGCACUUAUCUAUGAUCGUGGUUGUCCGACGGAGUUUGAGAAUGGGUGGUCUGAUUUAGUUAGCACAUAUGGAUUGGAGGAUAAUGAAUGGUUAUUUAGUUUGUAUGAAGAAAGACAUAAAUGGGUUCCUUAUUACUUAAGGAAUGAUUUCUGGGCUGGAAUGUCGACCACACAAAGAAGUGAGGGAAUGAAUGCUUUCUUUGAUGGAUUUAUAAAUUCAAGUACUUCACUUCAACAAUUUGUGGUCCAAUACGACAAUGCACUAAAAGUGAAGGCUCAAAAAGAAGUACAAGUUGAUUUCUCCUCCUUGAACACCACAAUUGGCUAUGGGUCACAGUCACCAAUUGAGAGACAAUUUCAACUUGAGUACACACAUGAAAAGUUUGAAGAAGUACAAAAAGAAUUUCGGUCUAGGAUGAAUUGUUUUAUCAAAGAAACCGUGGCGGACGACUUCUUCAACAUUUACACAAUCAAAGAGGAGCAUAUGUGGGAAGGAAAAUGUUCAAAUAAAUUUUACAAAGUGCACUUUGAUCCAAUGACAAAAAAUGCCACCUGUUCUUGCCUUUUAUUUGAGUUCAAAGGCAUUCUUUGUCGACAUUCCCUUUUGGUUUUUGGACAAGAAGAUGUUUAUAGUGUGCCUGUGAAAUACAUUCUAAAACAGUGGAGUAAAAAUAUCCAUAGAAGGCACACUCUCAUUAGAGCCUCGUAUAGUAAUAUCAAUCAACAACCUACCAUGCAAAGAUACCAAAUGUUGUGCAAACAAUUCAAUGAGAUAGAAGAGGUAGCAUGUGAGUCUGAAGGUUCUUCUAAAGAGCUCAUUAAAGAACUUGAACUGUUGCGUGAAAAGUUUGGAUGUAGUUCCUCCAUGAGAAAUAACAUCAUCAGUGAUGGGGGCGAACUAAGAUACGACAAGCCGGAAUCCGUUACAAUACAAGAAAGCAGCUGUGCACGUGAUGAUGUACUUGUCCGUAGCCCUGUGCAAGUGAAGCGAAAGGGAAGACCAUGCACCAAUAGAUUGAAGUCUACCUUAGAGAAAAAAACCAGUCAAAGAAAACGAACUUCAAAAAAAAGAACUGCAACACCAUGUGUUGAAGAUUCUGAAAAUGCAUUGCAGGAUGUGACAAAACCUCCAGACUUUGCCCCAAUCGGAUCACAAUCUUUCCAAUCUUACCAACUAUCACAAGAGUCACAAAUUGCGGUUUCUGGAUUUAUGUCUUUGUUAAAUGCUAUACAUAAAAACUAUGAUGAAAAUAUUAGGUGA